AGUUUUUUGAUUAGUUAAUACCAUAAUAUUCUUUAAUAGUUUCAUUUAAUUAUUUCAACUUUGACGUUCAAAAAUUCAGAAUUCGAUGUUGAAUUUCCAAUACUUUAAUCACACUGUCAGCUUUUUUACAUUAUCCAUUCCAAUUCUAAUAAAAUGUUUGCGUUUUACAGUGUAAUUUUCUGAAAUACAUAAAAACAUUCAAAACAUAGCUAGGUAUUUAGUUUAAAUUUUAAGGAACAGUGAGAUUGUCCAAUUUUUAACUUCUAAUUUACUGCAUUUAUUCAAUGGCCAAAUAUCUCAGUACUAUCUUUCUAUCAAUUGGUUUAAAACCAAUUGUAAUACCGAGUCGUGUUCAUUCAUUAUUGAAAUGUAACUAUAGUUUAAACUCAGAACAAUUUUACAUCAAUAGUGACAACCAAAACGAAAAUGAGUCUGUCAAAAUAAACCGUCAGCGUCUGUUAAAAAUUGCCAUCAUUGGUGUACCAAAUGCAGGAAAGAGCUCAAUAAUCAACUCUAUUGUCCAGAGAAAUAUAUGUCCUUAUUCUUGUAAAGUUCACACUACAAGAUCUAGUGUACGUGCAGUGCGAACUGUGGAUGAUACACAAUUAGUGUUUUUAGACACUCCUGGUCUUGUUGACUCUACAGAAAUUACAAAGUAUAAUUUAGAAAAGACAUUUGCUAAGGACUCAGUAAACUCAAUAGAAGAAGCAGACAUAAUUGGUGUUAUUCAUGAUGUAUCCAAUCGGUAUACGAGAAACCGCUUAGAUCCUAAAGUGUUGAGGCUUUUACAUCUUUAUCCUAAUAAAGAUUCAUUUCUAGUACUAAAUAAAAUAGAUCUUUUAAGAUCAAAAAGCUAUCUCUUAGAUUUGGCACGAUCUUUAACAUGCUAUAAACAUAACAAUAUUCAUGUUCCUGAACCAUAUGCUAUGACAUCUGAAAAUAUAAGAACUCAUGAAAGCUCAAAAAUUCAAGAGAGAAAGUUGGAAAAAACAGUAAAACAGUCUACUGGUUGGGCAAACUUUAAAGAUGUAUUUAUGGUAUCGGCAAUCCAUAGUCUUGGUUCAUCAGAUAUUGAGGAUUAUUUGUUACAAAAAAGUAAACCAUCACCUUGGAUGUUUUCCAAAGAUAUAUUGACUGACAAAGAAGAUCAUAAAUUGGUGCUACACAUGAUAGAAUCAAUAUUGUAUGAUUCUUUACCUAACGAAGUUCCGUACAACUUAAAAGUAGAAAUGGAAUAUUACGAAGUAUCUCAGGAAGGAAAUAUACACAUUGUUGUAUUAAUACAUUGCAAUACACCAAGAAUAGAGAAGCUGGUGAUGGGAAAAAAAGGCAAUCGUAUCAGGAACAUCGCUAAGAAAUCUGAACAACACCUUAGAAAUCUAUUUUUAACUGAUGUGUUCCUCAAAAUGGUUGUUACAGAUAAACUAAAACAUUCAGUGCAACACAUGGCAGAUAAUUUGAGACAGUAAUCUGGCAAAUGCAAUUACAAUCUUUAAAUCUGUUAAAGCUUUUUUUUUUAUCCUUGUUACAAUAUAGUUAAUUAUUUUUUCAAUAAAACAUUUAUGAAAAAAAAAAAAAUAUUUUUCACAGAGCCUUACAUAUGAGCAUAGAGUGCACGAAAUUAAAGCUAACAAAAUUAUUCUAGACAAACCAUUUUAAAUGUUGUGGUUUUGCAUCACUUUUCAAAUUUAAAUUUGUCACUUACUUUUUGUUUCCUAACACAAAAGAAUUUUAAACACUUUAUUUUUCCAGUUGUCAUCUAUUCCUCUGUAGCUUAAUAUUAAAUUAAUUGAACUUUAUUUUCAAAAUAUGUAUGAUCAUUUCAACUACAAAACAUCUUCCAAUCUCAUUAAUUUUAUCCAUUUUUUCUUUAUUGUGCCCAAGUACAAACAGUCAAAAUAAUAAUACCACAGUUAUGUAAUUAGUCAUAGGUAAUAAAAUCUCAAAUAUUUCAAGAACUUUCUAAUAAAAAUGGGAAACUUGUUCAGACAGUUUUAGAUUCUAAGUGGAUCCAUAAAACUAUUGGUUUUAUAAUUAAAUAUUUUUUCCUAUGUAUUAUCACCCUUAGAGGCAGUUAAAAUGCUUGAAAUUUCAACUUUGGAGGUGAUUUCUAGUAGUAAAUUGAAUCUAGUUGGAAAGAUAAGGAAAAUAAGGAAGAAUGGGAAUUUGAUUCUAAAUCAGUUUUUGACAAAAUAAAGA